AUGCCGGCCUGCAAGAGGCCCGCAGCGACGGCGGAAGCGGCAGGGCAGCCGUUGUCGGAUGGCUCGGAGCACGCAGUUCAAACGCUGCAGCGCGUCCUGGAGCACCUGCGGGAGCACGGCGGGAGGCUGCCGUCGCAGACGAGAGAGACGGAGAAGAAGUUUUAUUUCCAGUUCAGGAAACUUCGCGGCAAGACCAAGGAGCAGCUCGGCCCAGCGGGGAGCGAGCUCAUGACACGGAUUGAAGCGGCUCGGGACCGCCCAAGUUUCGAGCAGACCCAGGCAAUCGUGGCGCGCUGGCGUGCCCACGGGAGUACAUGCGGCGGCAAUGCCAGCCCUGGCGCCCGACGUGCUAGGAAAAUGCGUCGAAAUCUGCUUUCGCCCACCGCUGACCUCGCGCCUCGGACCCGCUCGUUGCUUCCAGAACUGGCAACGGAGCACGAGGACUUGCGCAUCUGCCAUGACUACUGGAAACAUGCUAUCGAGGAUGGGCACCCGCCGCGGAGCGCAGGCUGUGCGCCCAUCGAUGAGAAGAGUCUCGCGCAGAAGUUCGAGCGCUUAUGUGCCAGAGCGCAAAGGGACUCCGGCUCGGUCAGAGCCGAGUCGCACAGGCUGCUGCGCAGAAUCGAGGCGGAAGUCGCGCCGUUGGCGCUCGUGCUGCAGAGGCAGCAAGAGGCUGAGCGGGAGUUGGAGGAGUUCGUGAGGCAGCACGAUGUGCGUGCGCCGCGAUAUCUUCCCUGCAUCCAGAAGCAGAUGGGCGAGGGCGACUCGCACUGCGGCUCCUCCCCUUCCCCUUUCUUCGUGAACGUGACAAACACCUGUUACAUGAACAGCGUGGUGACCUGCCUGAUUCACUGCGCAAAGCCUCGCGAGCACCUUCUUGAGAUGGACCGUGCGAGCGAGUUGCGCGAGACACUCCAGGACCUUGUUCGCGACUACACCGAUGGAGUCCAGGUGCCCGCAGGGGCGGCGCCUUUGCACUGGGACGUCCUCGCGCCGUGCCGCCUGGUCGACGCGGUCGACAGUGCGUCGCGCGGCACGCGAGACGCGUCACUCCGGUUCGACUUCCAAUCGCAGCACGACGCUGCGCCUCUGUUGGGUUUCCUCCUGGACAAGACGGGGAUGGGCGCCGCGUGCUUUGCGGCUCACGCGCCCGGGCACCCCGGGGCCAUGAUGCCUCUCCGGUCAGACGACGUGCUCACGCCGUCCGAAGGCGUGGUCGCCGCCACGCGUCUCGGUGACCUGUUGCUGCAGAACCCCAUCAACGGGCCUGCUGUUCUGCAGGAGUUACUGUCGACCGAGGAUAUGAAGCUUCGCGCAACCCCGGCGACCUUGGCCGUUCGCCUGCCGCAGUCUUUGAUCUUGGAGAUAGAAGGAGGCGGAGACCCAGACGACGGCGAAGACCGGUCGUGGAUUCAGCCGGAGGACCCCGAGUUGUUCCGCCCGGUGACCUGGGAGGGAAGAGGGGUCGUGGACCUGCGCACCUGUUGCGCGGACGGCUGCGAACACAGCCAGUUCGCCGUGUACCGUCUCCGCGCCUGCGUCCACUACCGCAACCCAGGUGUCGACGAGGGGCACUACACCGCCUCCUUCCGUGCGCAGGACGACAAGUGGUACGCCGUGGACGACUUGGACAACGAAGCCCUCGUGCGCGACCAGAACGAGUGCCCGACGCGCUACCCGUACAUCUGCUUUCUCGAGCGCGUGGGAGACCCCGAAGUGCCCGUGGAGAGCUUGAGCCCGAACCAGUUAUUCACAGGAAAUGCCUUACAGGUCCAUUCGGGAAAGCGCAGAAGGCUUCGGGGGAAGCAGCCGCAUGGAAAGCGCAUGAGGCUCUUGGGGAAGCAGCCGCCUGGCCACUCCGCGACCGCCCCCGGGUUCCAGACGCCCACCGAGCGCGGCAUGGUGUCGCCGGAGGAUGCCGCCCUCAAGAAGAAGCGGUGCGAUGGGCGGAAUCGCGAGGGCCGGGACCAAGACCGCGAGGGCCGGGACCAAGACCGCGGCGGCCAGAACCAGGAGCGGAAUCGAAAGGGCCGCAAGGAUCAGCACCAAGGCAGCAAGGGGACCGCGAUUCAGCAGCUGCGAAAACUACCCGCAGAGAAGGCCGCUGACAAUUCUGACGGGAAGCGCUGCGACCUGGACGACGAUCAGGCAGACACGUGCCCCGUGGGAGCUUUCCAAACAAAGCAGGCGAUGUUCCGCGAGGCCAAGAAGCGCCGAAGGUGGCUCGGCGACGUGUUCGUUUGCCUGCGCGCACUGGCCCCGCAUUUUCCCGGGCCUCACCUGGGCGCGCUUCUGGCCGACUUGCCCGAGGUCGCGUCCUACGUCGGCGCCGACUGCAGCCACGAGUGGCUCCACUACCUGCGUCGGCCCCCGGCAGAGGCCCACGAGAAAACGUGCUCGCGCUUGCAGGAGGCGCUGGGGGUUACGGAGACCGAGCUCGGGGCCGCCAGCGCUCGCCUGGAGUCUCGAACGUGGAGCCCGGCGCUCGUGGCCGCUCGGCUGGACGAGCUUCUCCUCGACGACGACGCAGUCUUCGGAAUGGCGGGCGAACGACCCGCGCUUGCGACGGCCUUAGGGUGCGACGCAGUGACCGCGCAGGACGUUGCGAUCGUGCGAGAGCACAUGGAAGCGUCUGACUGGCCGAGUCGAUUGCACGAUCCCGGGAUCGCGGGCGCCGCGGCCAUGCCGCCGCGAUUGCGCAGGGAGCCCCGCGGGUCGGCGCCGCCCUGCCUGCCGCGCGCCUGCAAGAUCUGCGAGGCCUCCUUCCCGUCGCGGGAAGCUGAGCAGAAGCACGUGCGGCGAGUGCAUGGUGGGGAUCAGCGAGCGCGGGAUGCGUGGCUCUGCUUGGAGAGCGAGAAGCCCCAUUUCGUGACUGCCUCAGAGAAGCGCAGGAUCACGAUGACCUUCGCCCUCGCUUACAAGGGCCGCGAGCUUGCCCCGCGGACCUCGGCCUCCCCGCCGAGCUUCGCUCGGUUCUGGUGCGCGCUCUAUCGGGCGCUCGCCUCUGGCGGCCAUGACGUUGCCCAGCGGCACCUGAACGCAGUCGCCGCCGUGGAAGAGCUCCUCGUCGACGAGGGCCCGCGGCCGGCGGAUGGCCGCGCACAGCCCGUCGACGCGCCUGCGCCCGAGCACCGUCAGUUCGUCGCCUGCGCCUUCUGCGCGAUGCAGUACUGGAACGACGAGCUCACCUGGGAGUUCAUCGCGGGGCCCAACUGCUUCAUGAAGGACCCCGCGAAGGUGGCCGACCUGCUGUCCGCCGACUGGUACCGGGAGCAGUGGUGGCGGAUACCGAAGGAAGAGCUGGAAGCCUCCAGCGUGGACCUGCCGCACCUGGCCCCGGACGGGGAGACCUGGGUGACGACGAAGGUCCUCAUGCGCAAGCGCCGCGUCUCCGAGGACGCCUGCGCGGGCACGGAGCGCGUGCGCGUCUGCCGCAGCUGCAAGGACUGCUACAAGGGGCAGAAGCCUCGCCUCGCGCCUCGUGCCCUGUCCAACUUCCUGUGGCUCGGGCGCCACCCGCCCAUGUUCCGGGAAGCGUCCUUGGGCCACCAGCUCCUCCUCGCGCUGGGGCGCGUCGUGUCCACUAAAGUCUAUCUCUCCAGCCAGGGCGUGGACGAGAACGCCAGGCAGCACGCGCAGACUUGGCGGCAGGAGUUCCUCCAGAGUGGCAUCCAGGGCACCGGCAUCGUCUUCAAUAACUGCAGCAUCGACGACGCCAUGAAGAGCUUCCCGCCGAGCGACGACGUGCUCCAACACACCUUCGCGGCGGUGUUCACCGGGCCCGAGCGGCCCACGGCCAAAGAGCAGGAGCUCAUCGACGGCGGCGAUCCGGCGGCGGAGAUGGAGCGCGAGAAGAUGGCGAAGGAACGGCUCCGCAAAGAGGUGGAGCUCGAGGUGUGCAAAGAGGAGUUCGACCGACAGGAGAGGGAAGCCGCGGCAGACGCGGAAGCGGCGCACCCUGUGCCCAGGCUGUCAGUCCAGGACGACGAUACAGCAGAUGCCGCGGAGAUCUCCACCCUGCCGCAGCUGCAGCGGAUCCUGGAGCACGCGGACGCGCUCGGCGGCCGCACCGUGGCCAACGAGAUGUACGCCAAGGUGGAGGAGGGCGGGUUUGAGGGCCUCGACGAGGUCGGCAGGGAGCGCCUGCUCAAGGCCUGCAAAGAGAUCCACGAUCUGUGCCGGAAGAUGUCUCCAGAGAAAGAAGCUGCGCAGCUGCUGUGGCGAGUCCAGCAGAUUCAAAACGGCCGCUCGGAGCGCGGCGACGAGGUUGACGCCGAGGCAGGCGACGCGGCAAGCCUCGAGGCAGGGGCGAGCGUGGGCGCGAGCCUCGUCGCGACGGCCGCGGACGAGCCGACGCGCGCGCCGACGCAGCAGCAGUCGGAGCCCGGACAAUGCGACGCGGGGGAGAGCGCGUCGGGCGUCGCAGAGCCACGCGCUGCAGCGGGAGCUGCCCCAGAAGCGGGCGCUGCCCGCGCGGGGCCGCAGAGACGGGCGCAGCUGCGAGCUCCGACCACGAGGGAGGCUUGUACCUGGUGGGGCGCGAAGUAUUGGGCCGUUGCCAGGCCCGCGGACUUCCCCUAUGGCGACUGCGCGUGGGGCCUUGAAAAUCAGCCCCACCCUUUGUCCGUGAUCGAGUGGAUCGAGGUGCUGAUGCGGAGGGAGGAACUCGAGUACACGCUGCCCGGCGAGGAGACGCCCUACGUGGCCGCCAAGGUCAACCGCUUCCGGCGUUCGCGGCAGGCGCUGCAUCUUCUCCACUCCUUCUGGCGUGUGACCGAGACCACGAAAAGCGUUCACACGGCCCUCAAGACCCCGGGCACUUUCGGCUUUGCGCGCCGCCUGCAAAACAUCAAGCCCGAGGACCUGCAGCAGGCCAUACUAACGAUGCACGAGAAGGGCAAGAAGAUUACCCUGCAGGGACUGAUGAGCGACAAGGACAUCCCAGAGAUGCUCCGGAACGCGCUGUCCUCCAUGCAGCGCUGCACCUCCGGCAUCCUGGGAUCCAACGGACACCGCAAGCUCCUGCACCGCGAGGGGGUCGCGUACACGCUGCGCUUCGGCCCGCCCCUGGUUUUCCUGACGCCCAACCUCGCGGACACGAAGCAGCCGUUGCUGCUGGUGGUGCAGGGCGAGGAGUUCUACUUCGGGGAGCAGGGCGCGGACUUGAAUCCCACGUACAGGGAGAUGGUGAGCAGGCUCGCGGGUGAUCCCGUGGGCCAGACGCUCGUCUUCGAGUUGAUGAUCCGGCUCUUCUUCGUCCACGUCCUCGGAGUCCGCGCCGACGUCGUCGGCUGGCGCCGCGGCGCAGCGCGCAAGACGUCCGGGCCGCGCUACUUCGACGGCUGCGCCGCGGACUUCUACGAAGACAGCAUCCUGGGCCCCGUGCAAGCGGCCUUCGGGGCCAUCGAGGCACAGGGGCGCGGCUCCCUGCACCCCCACAUUCUCGUCUGGCUCGUGCUCAUCUCCAUGCAGGAGCUGCUGAGCGCGCUGAUGCGAGACCGGGCCACCUUCAAGACCAACGUGGCGCUGUGGAUGCGAGAGCUCGUGCACGCUGUGGCGUCGGUGCAGGAGUCGGCGGUCACGGAGCAGGCGCGAUUCCUGCGCGGCGACCUGGCCGGCCCGCUGCCGCCGGAGCUCGAGGAUGGAAUUGCGCCGAACCUGCACCUCCGCGGCGAAAAAGGCAACGUCGCCGUCGACAAGGAUGCGUGGCUGAGGGAGCGCGCGGAGAACAACAAGAGCCUGUGGUCCACGCCAUUGGACGAGUUUGCCCCGGGAAAGCUCUGCGAGUUCCAGAUGGGGAGCAGCGCGCAGAGCGCCCUGCAUGAGCUCGAGCAGGCGCUGAUGUCCGACGAGUGGAUCCGGGAGAUGGUCAACCACUCGAGGGAGCUCGUGAUCGGCGCCGCCGUGCACGUGUGCAGCAAGUCGUGCUUCAAGUACCACUCGAAGGGCUCCUCGAAAAUCUGCCGCCACAACUUUUAUCACGUUGUCAAUCUCUGCGGCGAAGAGCCCGACCAGGCGGUGCGCUUCCGGCGGCGCGGGAAACCCCUGCGUGGCGUCAUCGGCAUCUUCCGCGAGACAAAGUACGGCAUGGCGGGCAGGAUCAUCACUCUCCAGAAGCACCCCGGCGAGUGCAGUACGAACUACACGGGGAUGGUCGCCAUCAAGUCCAACCUGGACGUGCAGGACCUGCGGAGAGUCCUGCGACCCGACCUCUGGAUGGACCCGUCCGAACUGGAGCCCGCUGCCGACGUCUCCGAGGAGGCGCCAGACUAUGAGCACGGCGCCUACCCUCAACGUUGUUGGGACAUCAGCAUUGGCGAGCAGGAGGAUUGGGGCUGGAUGAAGCACUUGGCCACGACAGACAAGCGCUCUCACGCCGCGCUGGUGAUCGCAGACUGGCACAAGGCGCUGAUGGACCUCGGGGAGCUGCCGUCCGACGAAACCGGUUGCCCUUCGGGCCCGGCGCAGUCCCGCAGAGGAGACGACGACGCCGCGCCCGCGGCGCAGGACGCCGAGAGGACCGAGGCCAGCGCGGCAGAUCAGCAGGCCGAGGAGCUUUACGCGGCUGGCAGACGGUCCGCCCUUGCGAUGUUCGUGGACGCACACAACACGGGCUACUACAUCAAUUCUUACACGACCAAGGUGAACCCCACGAUGGACACGGCGCUCGAGAAGCUGCUCGCUGGGGUGCGUCGCCUCGCGGAAGAAUGGCGCGAGGCCGACGACGCGCCGCCUCGGGAGGGCGAGCUCGCGGGCGCCCCUGCGCGACGAAGCCAGAAGGAUUGGAAGCGCACCACCCAGCUUCUCUGUCGCAUGGAGACGUGCUUCCGCCGGGCCUCCUGGAAGAGCGGGUCCGAGAUGGUGUUCCCCGCGCUCUUCGGACACAUGGCCUUCACUACGCACCGUUGCUGGAGCGUGUUCACGCGCAAGGCCCAAUACCUGGCGAACGCUGCGUGGCAAGCCGCCUACGGCCAGCUGGAGACGCAAGCGAAAGAGGAUGAGCACUGCCAGCCCACUUACACGUGCGAGGACGGCACCGUGGUGCCGCUCCCGCCGGAUUGGCAACAACAGGUCCGCGACGGCUAUCCGAUAUACACAAGCCCCGAAGGCAAAGAGUACGAUUCGCUGGACUUUCUGGAAGAGACGCUCAAGUCGCAGAAGCUCUCGGGGCAGGCGAGCGCACAGGCGGGUGCGUUUGUUCGCGCGUUGAAAAACUGCGUCAAGGGGCUGCAGGAGGGCGCCGUGGAGGAGGAGAGCGGCGACGGCCCUGGCGCUGAUGCCACCGGGGGCAAGUCUACGAGCUUCGUGAUGAGUCAGCUGGAUGACUGGUUGCAUCGCGGCGAUGACCCUAUCGUGCGCGACAUGAACCUGUACGUGUACAGCAUGUGGGUAUACCGGGCUGAGAAGAACCUCACGGUGCAGAAGAAGUCCUCCGACCGCCCGCCACCGGCGCGCUACGUGGAGAUCGAGUUCGACGACGCCUACCCCUCGAAGAACACGUUCGUGCAGCGACUGGCCAUGGAGCCGCGCGUGCCCAUGCUGGAUGGCAUGCAGUUCAUCCCCGUGACGAACGCGGAGCCGCAUUACAUGAUGCUGUCCAUCCUCUUUCGGCCCGUGCGCGUGCCGCCCGCAAAGGAAGAAGACGGCGGCAGGGGAGUGUGCCUGCAGGAGGCGUACAAACAGCUCUGCACGGCGCUUUCUGGGCAGGAGACAUGGGAAGCCCAGAACUUGGGCCCCGGACGGCCCGGGCCGUUCCAGCGCGGCUGGGAGACGUUCCGCGCCGAGCAGGUAAGGGCGGCGAACGAGGCGGAGUGCAAGACGCGGCGGUCGGCGGGUGCCUGCUGCCUGUGGCGCACCGUCGAGGUGCGCCAGCGGUUGACACUCAUCGACGCAGAGGCGACGAGACGGGCGGCGCAGAGGGGCCCGGCGCGGGACGCCGACGAGGGCGGCCUCGAGGCCGCGGGCGCCGACGCGCUUCCAGAAGAGCCGCGCUCCUUGCUGCCUUCGGUCCAGGAGUACGUCGCUGACGUGGCGCUGCGCACCUCGGCCAACUACGCGUGCAUCGCUCUGGCGCGCACAGAGCCCAAGCAAAAGAGAGACAUGGCCGCGAAGCUCGUGAACCAGGACGCCGAGGGCGAGGUGGUGAGCGUAGCUAUCAACCCCCUGGACGAGGCGCAGGUGCACUCGGCAAAGGCAGAGGGGCGACAGGCGUAUUUGCGGUACCUGCCCUUCGGCGUCUGGGUCCGCAUGGACAAGUACACGGCCCCCGCCUUCGGCAAGAAGCUGGCGGAGCACGGCGGCGACAUCGACGCCUCCGACGCGGCGCGACUGGUGUUCAUCGAGCCGCAGACCUCGAGUCCGUUCCUGUUCCGCAUCAAGCACAAGGUGGUCACGUCCGACGGCCACGCGGCGUUCCUGAAGCACAAUGGGAGUUGUGUGGCGCGCGGCGACAAUCACUAUGGCCAGUGUAACUUCCCCGCUUUUCCUGGCGAUCUCACAUACACGCAUGUAGCCGUUGGCGAUGGCCAUACGGUUCUUCUUCGAUGCGAUGGCACGGCCGUGGCUUACGGGGAUAAUUAUCUCCACCAGUGCGACAUCCCGCCGCUUGUCGCGGACGUGACCUACGUGAGGGUGACUGCUGGCUACAAAAGCACGGUGCUCAUCAGGAGCGACGGCGCCGCUACAGCGUGCGGCUUCGGCCGCGCGGGCAUCAUCCUGAACCCCCCCUCGUCGAUCUACACGUUCGUGCCCCAUGCGCUGCCCAUGCUGAUGCUGCAGGCGACCCUCAAGGGCAGACGCGUGAAGUUUUUGUCUUUCAUCGGGGCGGAGCGCUGCAGAACCGACGCCUCGCCCGGCAUGCGACUGUCCGAACUGUACCGCCGUUUGAGGUGCGAGUGGCGCUACGGGCGACUCGGCCGUGGAACGCAGGAGGUCGACGCGAUCCUGCCGAACGGGCGCCUGCUCAGCGGCGCGUCGCCCGAUGAGACUGUCGCGAGCGCCUGGGGUCUUCGCCCGAGGCGCGUGUGCGGCAAGCGCAAGCGCGCCGCGUACUGGGGCGUCCACUGA